AUUGUCUGCUAUUCUUCCCAGGAAAAAUGGCGACUCGUUUAUUGAGGUUUGGCACCGUUUUGCGGUCUUAUUCGGAUAAAAAUGGUCUCAUCCAGUUUCCAAAGAGAUGGAGAUCGUCGCAAGCCUCACUGCAGCAAAUUUUGAUAAAUCAACCACCGACUAAAUUAACAACCCUUAAUAAUGGAAUGAGAGUAGCUAGUGAAGAUAGUGGAGCAGCGACUGCCACCGUUGGAAUUUGGAUUGAUGCUGGAAGUCGUUACGAGAAUGACGACAAUAAUGGAGUUGCCCACUUCCUGGAGCACAUGUCCUUCAAAGGAACAGCGAAACGAUCGCAAAUCGAUCUCGAAUUGGAAAUCGAAAAUAUGGGAGCUCACUUGAAUGCCUACACGGGUAGAGAGCAAACCGUCUACUACGCCCGGUGUUUAAAGCAGGACGUUCCGAAAAUGGUGGAAAUUUUGAGUGAUAUUAUUCAAAAUUCAAAAUUGGGUGAAACCGAAAUUGAAAGAGAACGAGGAGUGAUUCUCAGAGAAAUGCAGGAUGUGGAGACAAAUUUACAGGAAGUUGUUUUCGAUCAUUUACAUUCGACUGCAUUUCAAGGCACUGCAUUGGGAAGAACAAUUCUAGGACCCACCAAGAAUAUUAAAUCAAUUUCGAGAAACGAUCUCGUGUCGUACGUUAAAAAUCAUUAUGGUCCACCGAGAUUCGUGCUCGCCGGUGCAGGUGGUGUCGAACAUCAGCAAUUGGUCGACUUGGCUGAGAAGCACUUUGGUAAAAUGACUGGACCUCAUUACGAUGAGAUUCCAACACUUUUGAAUAAUUGCCGUUUCACUGGAUCGGAAAUUCGUGUUCGUGACGAUUCCGUUCCACUCGCUCACGUUGCCAUUGCCGUACAAGGUGUGGGCUGGGCAAAUCCCGACAACAUUCCUCUAAUGGUGUUUAAUACACUUAUUGGUACUUGGGAUCGUAGCCAAGGAGGCGGUGGCAAUAAUGCCAGUAAUUUAGCAAGAAAAGUCACCGAGAAAAAUUUGUGCCACAGUUACCACAGUUUCAAUACUUGUUACAAGGACACUGGACUAUGGGGAAUGUACUACGUGUGCGAAAACGAACAAACUGAGGACAUGACAUUUGCCGUUUUACACGAGUGGAUGAGAAUUUGCACAUCCGUCACGGAGAAGGAAGUUACCCGUGCAAAGAACAUUUUGAAAACAAAUAUGCUCCUUCAAUUGGACGGAACUUCCAAUAUUUGUGAAGAUAUCGGCAGGCAAAUGCUCUGUUACGAGAGAAGAAUUCCUCUACACGAAUUGGAAGCGAGAAUAGAGAGUGUCACAUCCAAAACGAUUCAAGACGUUGGAAUGAAUUAUAUCUACAAUCAUUGUCCAGCGGUAGCGGCAAUUGGACCAGUCGAAGCUGUUCCUGAUUAUAAUCUAAUUAGUGGAGCAAUGUACUGGUUAAGACUUUAAAUAAAUUCAAAGCAACAGUCACUAAAUGUAUUAUAAGUUUAGAAAAGAAAACUCAAUACUGUUCAAUAGUAAACUUUUCAAUAAAUCAUGAGUGUAUUGAUUCUUUUUUUUUCUCACUUAAACAUCAUGAUUUUAUAAAUUUUACUAUUGUUCAUUUAAAAUAGCAAAGUUAUAAACAUAUAUAAAGCAUUCGUUUAAAAAAAAAUCCAUAAAAUUGUCUAUUCUUUUUUUUUGUAUAUCGAUGUGAGUUGUAAAAAAAACCGAAAGUUUCAUUGUUUUUCACUAUUGUAUUUUGGCUUUUUAAUUUAAUAAACUUGACUCAUCCGUAAA